AGAAAUAAAUCAUCUUUGUGAUUCCCGGAACGCUUCACAUGAAGUUCGUUUUUCUGCACGUACAAUAAUAUCGGGAGCACAAAGAUGGCGACCUCCCUGCUUAGGCUAGGACGACUCGGAUCAUUGAAGUGCCUCCAGCAGGAUGGCUGGGGCUCUCUGAGAACCCCACUGACUGCGGCUUUCUGCACUAAAGCUGAGAAGCCCAAGAAAGCAGCAAAGAAAGCUUCAAGUAAGACCUUAGAGGCCUCUGACGAGAGGGCUGCUCUGCUAGCCUACAAGACCACUGUUGCCUUCCCUACUAGACUUUCCACUCCAGGAUUUCUCAGUCAAGGUGUUGCACUUGGUGAAUAUGAACAAAGCGGGAAUCCCGUGACAGGUGAGAGUGCAGUGGCUGCGGGUGCUGCUAGUGCAGGACCCACUCUUUCAACACCUCAAGUUUCAGCUGAGUCUUUGACUGAAGAAAAUGUCACUACUGCCGAUGCCAAACGAGCUGAAUCGGUCGAUUCUGCCAAAGCCGAACCUGAAAGCUGUGAUCUUGGUGCAGCAGCAGAAGCUACACCAAUUGCAGAAACAGCUACUGAAAAAGAUGCAACAAGUCCAACUAGCGCUGAUGUGGAGGCACCAAAAUCUGAAGUUGCACCGAAAGAUGAUGAUGCUACGUCUUCCUCAUCCUCUUCCAGUGAUUCAGAUUCUGACUCAGAUUCUGAUGAUGAAAAACCAGACAAGACUGAAAUGACUGAACCAGUGGUCCAGACUGAAGAUAAAGCAGGACAGGAAGAAAUGCCCUCGGCCGUGAGUAAAGAGCCUGCUUCAGACGUGAAGACCGGAGCUGUUCCUAAACGUGUACAACCUUCCGUUCCUGAGGUCGCACCUGAGGUUGCACCUGAGGUCGCACCUGAGGUCGCACCUGAGGUCGCACCUGAAGUCCCCGAAGCUAGUGAACCUAGAUCUGAAGAAGUGCCUGCUCCAAGCACAGCAGCGGCCUCAUCAGAAGAGAUAGUCGACCCUGCUCCUGUCUUACGCACUGCUGAGAGCGUUAAAGCUCAAGCGGAGGUUAUACUAGAAAAAGAAGCAAGUGUAGAUGUGAAGUCUUCAAAAGUUUCUGAAGCCAUCCCUGAACCUGUCACUGAAGGAGCCCCUGACAUAGCUGCCAAACCCAUGCCUGAAGUCAUCCUUGAUCCUGCUACCAAAGUGGCAUCUAAACCCGAAGUUGAAAUCAAAGCUGCACCAGAGACGACGGAAGCUGUAGCUGCUGCUGAAGAGCUAGUCGACCCUGCUCCUGUAAUUACUGAUGCAGAAGAAGUCAGAGCCGAACCUGAAGUAGCAGCUGCACCAGAGGAAGCUGCCGCAGCCCCAGCACCCGAGCCCGAGCCCGAGCCAUUCGACAACACCACAUACAAGAACCUACAACAUCACAGUUACAACAUGUACACAUUCGUGGACAUGGAUGUGGAGAUGGCCAAGCACCGUCUGCCCCAGCCCUCUACGGGGAGACCCUCACCCAGGCACUGAUCUCUCCCUCGGGGGGUCUGUGAUCUCCUUCCUGUUCUCCACAGUAAUUAACGUCCUACUGCUUUUGCUUUGUGCUAAUUUUUCUUUCAGAUGGUUGACCAUGUUGCAACUUUCUGGUGAAAUGCUUGUAAUUCCAAUAAAGUAUAUUAAUUAAUUAUUUCGAAA